GGAAGCUUCUUCCGCAAUAGGGGAGGUCCUCCUCAAUAAGAGUAGAAGUCCUGUAGAUACGUACUUGAUGGCUUACUAUGAAAACAAGCACUUCGUGACCGCGUCGGUUGCACUGCUGAGCUUCAAAACGUAACUUUCAGAUAUGGCAUCGAUGGAGCGGAAUCGGGGUAUGCCGAGGGGAGACUACGAAGGAGACAAAUUUAGGCUCCACAUAGUGACAUGGAAUGUAGCCACCGCUGAUCCCCGAGAUGACAUGAGCUCACUUCUCCGUUUAGAUUCUGCAGAGGAUGCAGACCUCUACAUCAUUGGCCUGCAGGAGGUGUACUCCGGGCCCCUGAGAUUCAUGUCAGAUGUUGUAUUGGAUGACCCUUGGAGUUCUGUGCUUAUGACCGCCUUAGCACCAAGGCAAUACGUGAAGGUGUGCUCUAUCAGAAUGCAAGGUCUGUUGUUGCUACUCUUCUCCAAGCUGGAACAUCUCCCAUUCAUUCGUGACAUCCAGACGACAUACACGCGUACUGGCAUCUUUGGAUAUUGGGGUAACAAAGGUGGUGUGUCCAUUCGUCUGUCUCUCUAUGGUCACAUGCUCUGUUUCCUCAAUUGCCACCUAGCUGCACAUAUGAAACAUGCCAAUGAGCGAGUGGUCGAAUUUGAGCACAUUCUGAACUCACAGAAUUUCAAAUGCGAAAAGGCUGGGAAAAUUCUUGAUCACAGGCUAGUCUUCUGGUUUGGAGAUCUCAACUUUCGAAUCCAGGAUCAUGGGUUGCACUUUGUUCGAACAUGCAUCAGCAAUGAAAACUACAACUUGCUGUGGAAAAAAGACCAGCUGAUCAUGAUGAAGGAAAAAGAGAAAUUGCUGCAAGAGUUUGAGGAAGGGCCCCUUGACUUUCAGCCCACGUACAAGUUUGACGUCAACACCGACACAUAUGACAGCAGGCUCUACAGGACAUGGUUUGCCUUUACCAGUAAGAAGCGCAAACCCGCCUGGACGGACCGUAUUCUGUGGCGGCUCCAACCCAAAGCCAGGCACGCCGACGAGCAAAACAAACACGGUGACGCACCAGACGCACACAAUGUCAAACCGCCAGAAGAAGCUGAAGAAUACCCUUUGGAGAUCAGACAGGACUUGUACACCAGCAACAUGGAGUACAGCACAAGUGACCACAAACCUGUCACCGGUAUUUUUACACUUAAGCUGAAGAAGAUGUACGCGACUCCACUGGUGCACCUGCAGGCAGAAGGUGAAUGGAGCGCGGACAUUGAUGCCAUGCUGCUUUACAGCCCGCUGCAGCCAUUCCCUACCAGUACGUGGGACUGGAUUGGAUUGUAUAAGGUUGGGUUUACUAGCGUGUCAGACUACAUCACAUACACUUGGGUCAAAGAUGACGAAGUGUUCAUCGAUGAAGAUGCCAUCAAGGUGUAUGUGAGUAAAGAGGAGAUCCCAGUGCGAGGAGGAGAGUGUCUACUGGGUUACUACUGUCAUACUCUGCAGUGCAUUAUUGGAAUCAGUGAACCAUUCAGGGUCCAUGAGUCCAAAGUGGCCAUCGAGGAGGGCUUACUGCACGAGAAGAUCAAUAUUCUGGAUCAAAUCGUCGCAGCUGAAAACAUUCAUGACUGACAAAUCAUAUUUUGGUCUGGUUUACCACAUCGCAACAAAGCUUUUAAUCCAUUUUCUGAGACUACUCCCAGCAACAGCAGCAGCGAUUUGUGUACUGUGUAUAAGAUGGCAUCAUCAAUUGUUGAUGAUGCCAUGCCUUGAUGUCACUGUGUUUGGGUCAUGAAGGGUGCAAAAGACUACAUCAGAUGUUAAGCUUUCAACACUGCUUUAAGAUCUACUUUUUCAGGGCAGUUCAGUGAGUCACUUGCGUUGAGGGCAAAUGUGAAGCUCUUGUGCAGGUUUUCCUUGCUUCCACAGUGGAAACAGGUUGGUACUUUUGCUAGUCUACGACCAUUUGUUUUUGGUGUAAAGUUGAUAGAAUUGUCUUGUCUAAUGACUACACAUUCACCUGCAUAGUAAGUCUCUCUAUUGUGCUCUUUGCGUUCACAUAGUAUUAACUUAAUAGGAAUUCAUUGUCUACUGUAUUGUAUUGUCGAGUGCUCUGACAAAGCUGUAAUCUGUAAAAUGGAUCAGUGCAUUUAUUCAUUGUUGUUAUCUUGUUUGAAUUGUUUGAAAUGGUUAACGUUGAAACACCUUGCUGUGAAUGAGCUGUUGCUGGAAGGGUUUAUUUAAGUCACUCACUUAACUUUACAUGUUCCUGGUAGACUUGAAAGCAGAUUUAUUUUAUAGCGUUUGCCCCCACCCAAAAAAGGCUGUGUGCUUUAAUCUUUCUGCCAGCACAGGAAGCCAAUCUAACUAUUGAUUUAAAAUUAUAAAUCUUAAUUCAGCUGCUGGUUUAUAGAGGAUAUAAAUAUAUUUCAUCUAUGUUUUUUUAAAGAAUAUUUGUUGGUUCAAAAAGGCAAAACAUGUUUUACUUUUGUAGUGUGCUCAUGUGUCACUCAAAUCACACUAUUUGAACAAAAUAGUGUUUUCCAUUGUCUUACACUGUAAUUAAGACAUUUUUCAUAGUUGAAAUAAUUUCACCUGAAUGCAGUUUAUAGCUUGCUGGAACACAGGCAUCCAAACCUGUGAUUUAUUUGCAAUGAAGUAAUGAAACGUGCUGUAACACAAAGACCAAACAUUUCGAGUUUUGAAAAUGCAGUUAUUAAUAAUAGUAAUGUCACCAUG